CUGUGCUCAGUGUUUUUAUCUUUUUCUGAAUUUUCCGAAAAUGCCAAGCUCGUUCAAUGUAAAAGUCGAGAUAAAUUUCGUAAAUUCUAUUGUUCAGCUAAACAUUGUUAAAUAGCUUUGGAUGUUGGCUUGUCAGUAAAUUUCCAAAAAUCAAAUUCACAGGCAUUUGAUCAGCGGACAUUAAAAUAGUCGUAUUUGGGUAAAAUGUUUAAACCUUUGACAAUCGCAGUUGUAAUGGGCGUGUUGUCAGGUCAGGGUUUACAAGCUUUUGACUGCUGUGAUAGUUAUACGGAUGUACUAGGCGAAUAUCAUAAAGUAGAGUUAUGUCUUGACUACUGCUGCUGGACAAUAGGGGUGGCAUACAAAGGCUGCUGUAGCAACAUAUUUAGAAUGAUUCCUACCCCUACAAAUGAAACCGUAGAAUGUGUUCACCACUGGUUUAAAGAGAACGAAUGGUGGUUAAAAUGGGCCUCAACGCUGAUUCUCAUUGGUACUGUUUGGUGCUUAUCAAGUUGUUUUGGUUGCUUCAUAAGGAUCCUGAGUCAUAUAUUCCGACAUCUUCGUCAACAGCUGCUAUGACCAACAACAAACAGUUUUACGAGGAGUUUGAUUGAUAGACGACAUAAAGACUUGGCUAAUAACGUAACAACAAGAAUAGAAACGUUAUUCAGAGUGGGAAAUAUGUUGAACUAGUUUAAGAAUACAAUAUUGUAGCAUAUUGUAUCGGAAUACUUGUAAACAGGCAAAAUAUUUUUUUUUCAUUUCACGAUCAUGUAAAUUGCAGAUUGCGUAUUAAGUAAAAUAUCUGCACCCUGCAA